GCUGUUUCCUGAAGUCGCCCCCGCGGUCUCUGCCGUGGCUGCCAGCGCUGUCGCCGCGGAACUUCGGGAGUGGAACGGUCGAGGCGGGCCCGGGCGGGGCCGGAGGCCUGGCCACUCCGCAGAAUGGAGAUAAUCAGGAGCAAUUUUCAGAGUAAUCUCCACAAAGUGUACCAGGCUAUAGAGGAGGCCGACUUCUUCGCCAUCGAUGGGGAGUUUUCAGGAAUCAGCGAUGGACCUUCAGUCACCGCAUUAACAAAUGGUUUUGACACUGCAGAAGAAAGGUAUCAGAAGCUUAAAAAGCAUUCCAUGGACUUUUUGCUGUUUCAGUUUGGCCUUUGCACUUUUAAGUAUGACUACACAGAUUCAAAGUAUAUAACGAAGUCUUUUAACUUCUAUGUUUUCCCGAAACCCUUCAAUAGAUCCUCACCAGAUGUCAAAUUUGUUUGUCAGAGCUCAAGCAUUGACUUUCUAGCAAGCCAAGGAUUUGAUUUUAAUAAGGUUUUUCGCAACGGAAUUCCGUACUUAAAUCAGGAAGAAGAAAGACAGUUAAGAGAGCAGUAUGAUGAGAAGCGUUUGCAGUCCAACGGCGCAGGUGCUCUGUCCUACACGUCUCCUAACACUUCAAAGUGUCCCGUGACAAUUCCUGACGAUCAGAAGAAGUUUAUUGACCAAGUAGUAAAGAAAAUAGAAGAUUUAUUACAAAGUGAAGAGGACAAGAACUUGGAUUUAGAGCCAUGUACUGGGUUCCAAAGAAAACUGAUUUAUCAGACUUUGAGCUGGAAGUAUCCCAAAGGCAUUCAUGUUGAGACUUUAGAAACUGAAAAGAAAGAGCGAUACAUUGUUAUCAGCAAAGUAGAUGAAGAAGAACGCAGAAGAGAGCAGCAGAAACACGCUAAGGAACAGGAAGAACUGAAUGAUGCCGUGGGAUUUUCUAGAGUCAUUCAUGCCAUUGCUAAUUCGGGGAAGCUUGUCAUUGGACACAACAUGCUCUUGGAUGUCAUGCACACGGUUCAUCAGUUCUACUGCCCUCUGCCUGCGGACUUAAAUGAAUUUAAGGAGGUGACAACAUGUGUUUUCCCCAGGCUCUUGGAUACAAAAUUGAUGGCCAGCACACAACCUUUUAAGGAUAUCAUUAACAACACAUCCCUUGCAGAAUUGGAAAAGCGGUUAAAAGAGACACCUUUCAACCCUCCUAAAGUUGAAAGUGCAGAAGGCUUUCCGAGUUACGACACGGCUUCUGAGCAGCUCCACGAGGCCGGCUAUGAUGCUUAUAUUACAGGACUGUGUUUCAUCUCCAUGGCCAACUACCUAGGUUCUUUUCUUAGUCCUCCAAAGAGUCAUGUAUCUGCCAGAUCAAAACUCAUCGAACCUUUUUUUAACAAGUAAGUAAUCAGAGUCCCAGGGCCCCAGCCUCCUCUCUUGGUGGAAAAGCCCAGUAUCUGGGAUGUUGGUGAGGGGUGACUGGGAGCUCUUGGGCAUUUUUAGAUAAGAUAUUCCUCAUCUCUGGUGACUCAGAUGUUUUUUGAAAAAUAGAAGUUGACCUUUUCAAAAAGAAUGUAUUCAAUAUAUUGGCUAAAAAAAAUUAGAAAACAUUAUGAAAGGUAGCACAUCUCUUCCAAGACAAAGGACUGACGGCUUCAGAGUUUAAAUGUCCCACGAGGGAGACUCUGUGUAUGUGUCUGUGUACACAGUCAGACCUAUCUAACCCCAACAGGCUUUACAAGUGAGAUUAUUCUUCAUGCUUACAUUAUUACCUAACUAAAUAACGUCCUUUCUGUGAAGAUGUUGGUUACACAAAUGACUUCUGAGAUAACCUGUGGAGCAGUUUUGAUGGUCAUUGCAUCCCAAACCCUCAUCUGAAUGGAUCCGGUGAAGUUGCACCUUCACCGUCGGAGGAAGUCAGUGUGAUUGUAGGGAAACGUCUGCUUUCAGAGCAUUUCCAAAGAAUCUCUAGAUUGUCACUUCAAAGCGAGGCUGGCGCUUUCUUGGCACAGUUGAGACUAAAGUUGUGAAUGUGAUCAUCAAGCUGGCCACAGCCU